CGCCCAGAAGGGCCGGAAGUCUGUGGGACAGAGGGGGCGCGGGCGUCUAGGCCCGUCUCCAGCGGCGUCGCGCGUUUGGAUCCGUCGGCGGUGCUCUGGAAGAGUGAGUCAAGGCGGCGGUCGCACCUUCAGGCGGAACGCCCUCGGCGGACCCCCGAGUCUUCCAGUCUACGGCAGAGCGGGCCCCGCGCUCCCCCGGCCUUUAGUCGAGGAAGCUCGGGAGGAGUGGGCAGCUUGGAAGGGCCGUGAGGGUGGUGGAGCCGCGGCCGCCUUGUCCGCGGAGGCGGGAGGCGUUUGGCCGACUCCCGUAGCCUCUAUUGCGGCCUUCCCACCAGCUGGCUCCAGAGGGAUCUUGGGCCUCCUUCGUGAAUAACCAUCCUCGCCGAGAGCCCCCUUUCCCUCCAUUUACGGCCCUGGAAGAUCUAGACUCAGUGACAGUGGUUGAAAGGGCUGUGUCUUGCGUGGACUGUUGCGUGAAGGCAGAGUCCUUGUGCAUUGUUCAUGCCGCAUCCCGUUGCUUGGCUCAAGCCCACACGGCAACCAUCCCUUAAGUGUUCGUGGGUAACUCACAGCUGCCACUCACACUGAGACAUGACCCAGGCCUUGGGGGCAGAUGCUCAAGUGCUGUGGCAGCUUUGAUUCUGCUCAGUAUCCCUGCUGGAGAAUAUCUGGAGGUAGAGGUCUCCCAGCCAGGACACAUCGAUACUCACUCACGGAGCCUCAUGGAGGCUGUGACAUUUGGUGACGUGGCUGUGCACUUCUCAAGGGAGGAGUGGCAGUGUCUGGAUCCUGGCCAGAGGGCCCUCUACAAGGAGGUGAUGCUGGAGAACCACAGCAGUGUGGCUGGAUUAGCAGGAUUUCUGCUCUUCAAGCCUGAGCUGAUCUCCCGGCUGGAGCAGGGGGAGGAGCCAUGGGUCCUUGACCUGCAGGGAACUGAGGGGAGAGAGCUGCCAAGGACCCCUCAGACAGAUUCUGCAAUUAGCACUGAUGGUGGGCAGGCCCAUGAGGAUGUAUACAUACUGAAAUCAGAGUCCCUGGCAGCAAUGGUCAAAACCCCACCACGUGAUUCUCCUCAGAGUCCCUGCUUCGGAGAUACUUCUGUUUCUGAGGUCUGGCUGGAGAGUAAACCGAGCUCUCUCUUCCAGAAACACCACUUGCACACAGGAACUGUGGCUGCCAGGAAGAUCUCCACCCAGGAGGAUGUGCAGGGCUGUGGCAGCAUGGGUUGUCAGCCUGAUAAAAGUCAGGGGGUUGCUGCAGAUGGGAUAUCCCUAAGAUGCGAUGUGUGUGGCAGGGGUUUCAUAUUCACAACUCUGCUUCACGAAGUUAACAUACAGAGGAAACUGAACAGAUGUCAAGAGUGCCGAGAAACGUUAUCUGAUUGUCCACAGGGGAAACAUCAAAGUAACUGCCAUGGGGAGAAGCCAUAUGAGUGUGAGGAAUGUGGGAAAGUCUUCAGGCUGUGUUCACAGCUUAAUCAGCAUCAGAGAAUCCACACAGGAGAGAAACCAUUCAAAUGCAUUGAGUGUGGAAAGGCCUUUCGCUUGAGCUCAAAACUUAUUCAGCAUCAAAGAAUUCAUACUGGAGAGAAGCCCUACAGGUGUGAGGAGUGUGGGAAAGCCUUUGGUCAGAGCUCCAGCCUCAUCCACCAUCAGAGGGUGCACACGGGAGAGAGGCCCUAUGGAUGUCGUGAGUGUGGGAAGGCCUUCAGCCAGCAGUCUCAGCUGGUCAGACACCAGCGGACUCACACUGGAGAGAGGCCCUACCUGUGCCAGGAGUGUGGGAAGGCCUUCAGCCAGAGCUCAACCCUGGCCCAGCACCAGCGGAUGCAUGCUGGGGAGAAGCCUUCAGUUCCAAGAACACUGGAUGGUGCCGGCCUCGUUGCUCACCAGAGAACCCAUGCUGCAGAGAAACCGUUCAAGUGUGAUGAGUGUGGGAAGGCUUUUAGGUGGGUCUCUCGCCUUAGCCAGCAUCAGCUAACUCACACCGGAGAGAAACCAUAUAAAUGCAACAAGUGUGCAAAAGCCUUUGGUUGUAGCUCACGGCUUAUUCGCCACCAAAGAACUCACACUGGAGAAAAACCAUUCAAAUGUGAUGAGUGUGGGAAGGGCUUUGUUCAGGGCUCACACCUGAUUCAGCACCAGAGAAUUCACACAGGAGAGAAGCCCUAUGAGUGUAGUGACUGUGGAAAAGCCUUCAGCCAGAGCUCAAGCCUCAUUUACCAUCAGAGGAUCCACAAAGGGGAGAAGCCCUACGAGUGCCUGGAGUGCGGAAAAGCCUUCAGUAUGAGCACACAGCUCACAAUCCAUCAGAGGGUUCACACCGGGGAGAGGCCCUAUAAAUGUGGUGAGUGCGGGAAAGCCUUCAGUCAGAACUCAACCCUUUUCCAACACCAGAUAAUUCAUGCUGGAGUGAAGCCCUAUGGAUGCAGUGAGUGUGGGAAAGCCUUCAGUCGGAGCUCAUACCUCAUCGAGCACCAGAGGAUUCACACACGAGCCCAGUGGUACCAUGAAUACGGGGGCACCCUGGAGGGUCCUACCCAUGUGAGCCGUAAAAAAGUUAACACUGUAAAGAAACUACACAAAUGUAAUGAAUGUGAGAAAAUAUUCAGAUGGCGCUCGCAUCUAAUUAUACAUCAGAGGAUUCACACUGGAGAGAAACCUUAUAAAUGUACCAAAUGUGGCAAAGCCUUUAAUCGGAGCUCUAGGCUCACUCAGCAUCAGAAGACUCACACAGAAUAGACCACACACCUCUGUAAAUGCACUUGUAUGUAAGGGAGAAUAAACCCACAGCCUUAACAUACUUGUUUUAUAUGGGAUCAUUGAUAUUGACAAAUUGGAAUGAUAUUGACAAGUUUUAAAGAUUUAAAAUUGUUCUUUUAAGAAAGGACAUCCAAGUUCAUACAAAGUAUGUGUUGUAUUUGCUAGAGUGUUUGACCUUAUCCCACUCAGUAAAGCCUGUGCCCCUCGCAUCAGGGUGCCCACACAUAGAGUUCUGAGUACACAGAGGAAAGACCGGGUUCUGUGGCCGAGGCCUAAGAGCCCCGUGAGCUCCGCCAUGUGAGAUGCUCAGUGUCUUCAGCACCAGUUACUCAGACUGGCUUCAGCAGCAAGGAUGUGUGAGCUCACGUGCACAGAAGUCCAGAAGAGGCAUUACCGGAAUUUCCUUCUGCCUUCACCUAAGUCCUUUCCUUCCUGCAUCAGCAGCCCAGGCAGGCAGCCACCCAGCAUCCAGUUGAGUUUCUAGAUGGGUCAGCCACUCGUGAAUUGGACCAACAGGCUGGGACCAUGUCCAUUCACUUUGUCUCACAGAGUAUUUAAUUAAGGCCCCGGGGGCCAUAGGAUAAUGCAGACCUGCAUCAUUGACUCCAGCCCUGCCCAGGGUCCUGGAUUCACCAGCUGUGAAUGAGUCUGGGGCUAGGAGUCCCGUUCAGAGAAGCUGCUGCCCAGGGCCACCCACUUGAGACCUGCUGACCUUUGGAGUCAUUGUUAUAGUCACAGAAGUGAUAUUUGAGAGACCCCCAUCCCAGCAGAGAGGCUCAGUUAUCUCACAUGUGGACAGAUAGACCAGAGAGCACAGGUCACCUGACGAUCUCUUGCAACACUUGAUUUGGGUCACUUGAUUUGCAUUGGUAUGGUAUUGGUACGGCCCAUGGGCAGGGCCCCAGGACCUUGCUGCUUCAAUCACCAUGCACCGCAGAGCCUGUAGCAGACUAUGGAUUGUGUUAGGUGAAGGAAAUGCUUGCUGAUUCCUGUGUGUUUGCAUCAGGAGGUUCCAGAGCUUUCUUGUGAAGUUGGGAGCAGCAGAGUUGGAGAUGGUCAAGUCCAUGGGAGUUUGUUUCUCCAAUACGUGGGGGGGGGGUGGGGGGGGGUCUUGACCCUGCACCUGGUCAGCAUGAUUGCCAGCCGAUGCUGUCCCCCAUUUGGUGCCAGGACAGCAUGAAGUCAGUGUGGUUCCCUCUCCAGUCGCUCCUGUUCUGCCCAGGACUUGUACCUGGAAGGGUCAGUGCCAGAGCAUCUGGCACUUCUGUGUAUUUUUCAGAGGUUAGGGUCAUUGUGUCCCUGCCUCAGCUACCGUAUUUAGCCAGGUGGUCACUGCUGGCACAUCUGGACAGGUGGGCCAAAUAUUUAAGGGCCUUACAUAUUUUAGGCCAGCCAACAAUAGGAUGAGAGCCAAGGUUCUCAGUGGACAGGCCACACUCCUGCCAUCUGCUGGCACUUAGCAUUGUCACACACUGGAGGGCCUCUCCAUCAGACCCCACUUUCCUGGUUUCCUUCUGAGUGAUGAGGGACAAAGGGGUGAAGACGGGUUUUACAGACUCCUCCCUGGGCACAAUACUCUUUCUCUGAACAGUAACCACAGGACAGGCAAGAAGGCAGAGCCUUCCACCUUAAAUCUACUUCAGCACCUACGUCUCUCUGGAUAGUGCGAUCCUGGAUCCAGUGCUGGUGAACUGUGGCCUGUGGGCCAAACCCAGUCCAUGUUCUGCUUUUGUGUGGUGUGUUAACCAAACACUGAGGCCAUUAAGACUGGGUGGCUUGAAUGCUUUCAGUCUCUGCCAAGCAGACUAGAAGUUCAGCUAGUCAUUUCCUGCAAAUGCACCUCUCACAGCCAGCCAGGCUUCCCAAGUAAGCCAACUGCUUGAGCUGUGGUCAGCCAGUUUCCGUGCUUUGCCUCCAUCUUCAUGAAAACCUCCCCCUAUCCCUCCACAGAGUGCUUGGUUUGGCACUGGUCGAUUCCAACCCACGUUUGCUCAAGGAAAGUCUUCAAAAUUGUGGUGUACCUCAGUUUACCUUUUAGCAGCACUAAGAAUGGUUUUACAUUUUUAAGUGACGGGGGAACAAAAUGCAAUUUUUGUGACAUUUGAAAAUUCUGUUGAAGUUAAAUUUCAGUGUGUGGUUUGUUUACUUAAAUGUUGCAGUACAACUGAGAAUUCAACAGCAUUUACCCCAAGCCCUGCACUCCAGUGGGAAAUACCAGCUGCAGUGCAGGAGGAGGAGCGUCUUAGCUGUGUCCGUGUGAAAAGGGUGUGCAUCAGCACUGGGUCGCUGGGCCGGACAGAAGGGUUGUGGGCUGCCGUGGGGCCAUGUAUGUUUUGGAAUAUUCUGUCCUGCUUUCAAUCUACGUUUCCCAAAUUGGGCUUCAGUAAACAUAACAGUAAACUCAUUUUAAGGAUUUCCAGAACUGUUUCAGAGUAGGUUUUAAAAUAUUUUGAACUUCUCUUUUUGGAGUCAAUAAAUUAAACCCACAAUUUUGACCCGAAAUUGCUUUCAUUCUCAUUUAUUAAACUUUGAUUUAUGA